GCCGCCAGAAGAGGAGCUUACUUCUUGAGCUUCAAUGGCGGAACAAGAACUUGUGAAGACUUACCCAGUGAAAGCAAAGCUCAAGCCAAACACAAACACUUCUGAAUCAAACCCAGAAUCCAGAUUCUGGAAAUCAUUCAAACCGCAGCCGCUAGGCAAACCUUUAAUCUCUUCAAUCACAUCUCUCUCAUUCUCUCCUAUCAGUCCUCACGAUUUCGCCGCCACUCAUUCAGCCACCGUUACCCUAUUCUCUUCCCAAACUAUCGAACCCAAGUCUACCAUCUCCGCCUUCAGCGAUACCGCCACUUCCGCCUCUUACCGAUCAGAUGGCCGCCUCAUCGCUGCUGGGUCUCACUCCGGAGUCAUCAAAGUAUUCGACGUCAAGAGCCGAACUUCUCUCCGUCAUCUCCGCAACCAUUCAAGGCCGGUCCACCUCGUCAAGUUCCCGCGCGUUGACAAGCUUCAUCUCAUCUCCGGCGGUGAUGACGCGGUCGUCAAGUAUUGGGAUGUUGCGACCGAAACCCCUAUUUACAAUCUCCUAGGUCACAAAGAUUACGUUCGGUGCGGAGAUGGAUCCCCAGCUAGUGAUGAUAUGUUUGUCACAGGUUCUUAUGAUCAUUCAAUUAAGGUUUGGGAUGUUAGGGUUUCUUCAAAUAGAACCUCUGUUAUGGAUCUCAAACAUGGAAGCCCGGUGGAGGAUGUGAUAUUCCUGCCAUCCGGUGGGUUAAUAGCAACUGCUGGAGGGAAUUCAGUGAAGAUCUGGGAUGUAAUUGGAGGUGGGAAACUGUUGUAUUCAAUGGAGAGUCAUAACAAGACUGUAACUUCAAUCUGUGUAGGAAAGAUUGGGAAAGAAGGUGGUGAAGAAGCUCGAAUACUGAGUGUUUCAUUAGAUGGGUAUUUGAAAGCUUUUGAUUAUGGAAAAUUCAAGAUAACAUAUUCAAUGAGGUUCCCUUCACCAUUGUUAUCAGUUGCAUUCUCUCCAGAUACAUCAACCAGAAUUGUAGGUUCUUCAAAUGGGAUUAUAUAUGCAGGAAAAAGGAAAACCAAGAAGACUGAGGAUAAUGCCCUAAUGGAGUUAGAACCUGUUAAACGAUCUUUAAGGCCAUCGUAUUUCCGGUAUUUCCAAAGAGGGCAAAACGAGAAGCCUACUGAGGGUGAUUAUGCGAUAAUGAAGCCGAAGAAGGUGAAGUUGUCUGCCCACGAUAAGUUGCUGAAGAAGUUUAGGCAUAAGGAAGCUUUGGUGGCUGUUUUGGAAGGGAAGAAUCCAGAGGAAGUGGUGGCGGUUAUGGAGGAGCUUGUGGCUAGGAAGAAGUUGAUGAGAUGUGUUUCGAAUUUGGAGAUUGAAGAGCUCGGUUUGCUUUUGGGUUUCUUGCAGAAGUAUUCGACAGUGCCGAGAUUUGCAGGAUUGUUGUUGAGGUUAACGAAGAAGGUGGUGGAGAUGAGGGUUGAAGAUAUAAAUGGUUUCGAUGAUACAUUGAAAGGGCAUAUUAGGAAUUUGAAAAGAUCAGUUGAUGAAGAGAUAAGAGUUCAAGAGUGUUUGCAGGAAGUACAAGGGAUCAUCUCACCUUUGUUGAGGAUUGCUGGGAGGACUACUCCAACUAGUAUUUCUUCUUAACUGGUAAUUUUGUUCCAUUAAAAAUCAGUUUCUAUAUGAGAAAUCAAGACUUUUUUUUAGUAAGAUUCACGCCGAGCUCAUGUGUUUUGUUUUUUGGGGUGUUGAAGGGUUAAUUAUUUGAACAAUUUUGAAUUUUGUAAUGUGUUAACUGCUUUAUUGAUUUUGAUUUAGUUGGAAGUGGAUCAAUUUGGGGAGAUUACCCCUUACAGUAA